AUGUUGUUGCAAACCAACAAACACACGAACCUUAGACAGAUUGUGUAUGUAAUGAGAAACCCAAAGGACAUUGUCACAUCUUUCUACCACUUCUGUCAGGUAGUGGUUGGCCUGGAGACCCCAACAAGCUUUGACGCCUUUUUGGAGCAGUAUUUAGAUGGAAACGUUCCAGCAGGAUCCUGGUUUGAUCACAUCAGAGAGUGGCACGCAACAAAAGACGAGUACAACAUCCUUUUCUUGAGCUAUGAGGAGAUGAUUUUGGAUCUGAGGGCAGCCGUAAGUAAAAUCUGUACUUUCCUUGAGAAAACCCUCAGUGCAGCAGCUAUUGACCAUGUUGUUGAAAAAUCAACAUUUGAGGGCAUGAAGAAUGACUCAAAAGCCAACUAUACAUUUGUGCCAGGAGAUCGACUGAAGGGAAGCUUCAUGCGCAAAGGUAAGAUUGGCGACUGGAAGAACACCUUCACUGUUGCCCAGAGUGAAAGGUUUGACCGCAUUUUUCAGGAACGACUUGGUGAUUUGCCUCUGAAGUUCAUCUGGGAUUCUGCAGAGGUUCCACAGCAACAUUAAACACAGAGACAGUAUCCUCAACGCCAAUAAAU